AUGAGCCAUUUCACACAUCCAAAUCCAUCACCUUGGUCUUUUGUUGAACGUUUAUUACCAUAUAUUGGAGCCAUUACUAAAGACAUAAGGCGAGCAAGAGAUGGAAUCGAAAUUCAUAGGGAUCAACCUGUAAUAUGGCAACAACAAAACAACAAAAUUUUGCGAGCACAAAGACAGUUGGGUAUGGGUCAACUGACAAUAUUUGAAUUUCUUGUGCGCUGCAUACAUACAACUCCACAAUUUGGAGUGCCAGCACCUAUUCAAAACGAUGAACACGACAUCCCAGAGGUUGUGAAUCACGAAAAUAAUGCCGCCGAUCUACAAAUUGAUAAUCAGGACUUUGGAUCUGAUGAUGAUGAUGAUGAUUUUGAUAUCAGUGAUGUAGAACCUAACGACAUUGAUGAUAUGAUCCGAGAUAUUGAUGACAACUGAAAACUAUUACCGACUUAUAUGAAAAUACUACAUUGGUGUGCCUCUGAAGUCUUGUUUAUUUUAUUAGCUCUUAUAAAUUUGUACAAUCAUCAUAAUUCAAGUGAUUUUGAUGGAGUUAACAAGUGUAUUCUUCAAUUGAUCAAAAAGCAUCAUUCGAUGAUGUCUUUAACAAUAAAU